GUCAUUUUUUAGCUACAUGGAUAAUCCGACAUUCAAAUUAACAGGAACCGGAUGCUUGGCGUUCCGUUGCAUACAUUACCAAUCAGGCCAUUUCCAGAAUUGAUAGUUUUAAAAUAUAUCUCUAUUUUAUUGCUGUUUGUUAUUUAAGUAAUGGAAUUUCUAUAAAAUUUGUAUAACGUUACGGGGUACCGUUAUCUAUUCUAUUUUUUUUUAAUUCCCGAAUAAUUCUCACCAGAUUCCUGACACAUGUAAACACCGCUUAAUAUUAAUCAAGAUAAACUGCUCGAAAGAUUUCUCGAGCACAUCAGACGUACGCAAAAAGCCGCCCCGUCAAAAUUCCACUAAAAUCGCGUUCCUUUCCUUGUUGUUGUUUUUAAUUUUACGAGACAUUUGGUCAUUUGCCUCGCUCGUUCCUUUCCAUGUUACGAAAACAAUCGUACGUCCGGCUCGGAAAGUUGUGGUUUAAAAGUGAAAAAUAAUCAAAUCAAUAAUUAGUUUGCAACUAUGGAAGGAAUACCCCAUACGAGAGAAUGCCGACUGUGCAUGAGCUAUAGAAGUGUUAAACCUCUGAAUGCAGAAAUGGUGCGCAAAAUUGGUGCCUGUUUUGGGAUACACAUCAAUCUCAGCGAUAGCACCUUGCCCAGAGCCAUAUGCCGACGCUGUACAAAUAAAGUGAAGAAUGUGCAGAAAUAUCGUGAUUUCUAUCUAGCUGUGCAAGCUAAGCUGUUCAUCAGGCGUUCGAACAACUUUCUUCGCAUAGACAGGCAACCGUUGGUGCAAGUUAUUUUAUCGCAGCAUGAAACUCCAAGAUAUAUUCAUCCCACAAAACGACCCCGUCGUGAAAAUGAGAAACGAGCUAGAAGCAAGACUGAUACAUCGAGUUCCGAUGGUGGAAACGUCAGAUCGCACAAAGAGUCUGUUUCGUUGAAGCGUGCCUGCUCCACAGUUAAGCAAACUGAUCCCCAAAUCGGUACCACUCGGCACGUAACGCAUUCUCCUCGUUCACUUUCUUGUGAUCGACCAUCUGUGGAACCAAGUGUUCCGCGUCAACUCGCCACUUCGCCUUCUCCCGUAACAGAUCGUCGUCCGUCUACUGAAGUUGCUCUUACGGUAGCUGCAACUCGGCAUAACGCAACGUCUUUGGACGUUAAAAGUGACCAGUCGUAUGAACCUCCAGAAAGAGAAGAGAUUGAAGUGAUCGACCAAACGCAAGUGUCGUUGUCGGAAGAUAACAGGCCUGCGUCUGCCGCUUCAGAAAAUCUUGAAUUGGAAGUACUGGAAACCGACAUACAAUCACAAGGCGAAACGGAAAGUUUAGAAGAGUUAACAAAUCUACAAGAAGAACAGAAUGUCGCUACAAAGGAAACCAUCGAAUUGAUAGCCGCUGACACUACGCAUCAAAACACUUUUGAAGUUCCAGAAGAUCUAGGUUCGGAUGAUAAGGAUGUUAAUUACCCGGUACAUGCUACGAAUACCUUGGAAGACUUCGAGACAGCUGAGAGCAUGGAAGGCACGAACAAUGCUGGUGAUCCAAAACCGAUACGACAGGUUCAGGAAACACGACGCAGACGACGAACCAAAAUCUCUGGCAGAGAACUCUACAAAUCGCUUCUGACCGAGUGUAACGUCUGUGGCAAAAAGAUCGAACGCAACCGAUUAGAAGGACACAUGAAUCGACAUUCAGGACGUCGCCCAUACGGAUGCCCGGUUGAAGGGUGCACCUCGCGCUUCCACUGCAAACAUGCAUGUCGUUUGCACGUUCGCUGUCGUCAUGGAUCGGAAACGUUUGCUUGCGGAACGUGUGGCAAAGAGUAUAAAGCGCGUCGUGACCUUUUGGGACACAUAAGAGAAACUCACGUAGAGCCCAAAUUUAGUUGUGACAUUUGCGGAAAAAUGUUUACUACAAGGUCCCGGUUGAAGCAGCAUCGGUUCUAUCAUACUGGGGAACGAAACUUUCCUUGCCAUGUGUGUGCAAUGCGCUUUUUCAGCAACUUCCAGCUGAAGGUUCACAUGCGAACGCACACGAAAUCCUUCCCGUACGUGUGUUCCGUUUGCAACAAGAGUUUUCGGUAUCGUCAUAUGGCAAAGGAGCAUAUCGUGAAGGACCAUGGUAUCGAUACUACGUUGCAGAAGGAUUGGGUCAUACAGUAUCCGGAACCGGACCCGGAGGAAGUGGAGGUGGUGAACACGGAGAAAAACAUCGUGCGCUAUAAUAUUCAGCGUCUCGAGGAAUCAGACGAAGAUGAUGAAUUUGGAGAAAGCAAUGAAGAUAUGAAAAUCGAUCAACCAGAACAACACCAGGAGCUAAUCGAUGUAGAAUAACAGCACAACAAUGCUUAAUCUCGCCAUCCACCCUUUGCAACCACCAAACGACAGUGUUGGAAAUCUUUUUUUUUAAAUCAUACUUAUUUUUAUUGUAAUAAUACAUCGUAAGAAAAUGGCCAGGCCACUAACAUCAAUCACAAUCAAAUAGUCUAUAAAAUAUAUGAGAGUUUUCAUUAUUUCCCAACAGA